UUGUUGUUGUUUUGAGAAAAUAAUUAAAGUAUCUCGGUACGAAUAACUCGCACUAGAUCUAUAAAUUACGUUAAUUUAUUCCGUUUUUUCACCAUUUGUGAUCGUCGAAGCAAACAUUUCAAUCUAAAGGCAAUAUUAUCGGAAAAGGCUAUUUCCGACAAAAAUGUCAACUUCAUCACCAACAUCGACAACACAUUCUAAUAACACCAUCAAUGUAAAAGUUGAUUGUAAAAACAACGAUCCUCAUAGAACCGAUAUGCAAAAGAUCGAACAAGUCGCCAUACAUAAUUCAAAUCCGACACCAUCAAUCAUUUCAUCGGCAACACCACGUGUCGUUCAUUUUGCCGAAUCAUUAGAUCAUGAAUCAGAAGAAAAAAAUGAUUAUUCUGUUUAUCAUACGACAAGUGUUAGCGAACGACCGUUAUCGGCAAAACAAGAAAAUGAAUCGAAUCCAACUCAAUCGAGUAGUUAUUCAUCCAUGUAUUUAUCUCCACAAGAAUUACCAUUUCAAUUGUUAAGUCGUUCAUCGCCUAAUAGUCCAAUUGGAAGCAAUGUAUCGAUUGUUGGCAGUCUAAUGUCGCAUGGAUCAAAUGGACGGAAAUCCAACAUCGGUGGUAAUGGCGGUGGAUCGACAAACUGGAGACUACGCACCAAAUAUUAUUCAAAACGUCGGGGACAAGAAAGAUCAAUAGAUCGUGAGCGUCAGCCAUCGAUUUGUUCUGAUUCAGAAACGGAUAGUAUUAAUGGCCAGCAAAAGAUUGAGGACAUCCUGAAAUCAUGUGGUAAUACAAAAAAAUGGAGUUUACCAUUGCCGAUGGUCAUACGUAGCUCAGAAUCGGAUUCUGCAUCCUCAUCAUGGUCUGCAAGAUCGGCUGAUGAAGCUACCGAAGAUGAACGAAGCCCAGUACCAAGUCCAUCAGCAUCUACCCAUAGUAAUGAAGAAUAUCUGACUACAAUUAGUGGCAACGAAUCAAACAAUAUAAAAUCCCAAGCAUUAUCGCCAACGACAUCAGACAAAAUGUCGGAAUUAUCAAAAAAAUCUGAAAUCAUUAUCGUGAGUCAACCUGAUAAGAAUAUGGAAACAAAUAAAAAACAUACAUCAUCGCUUUCAUCGAUGCCAGCAACAACAUCGAUGGAUGCAUCAUCAAACAUUAUGGUACAUGAAGAUUCUGAAUCUAGUAAAUCCAAGAAAGACAAAGGAAAAUCACGAAGAAAAAAGAAAAUGUCGCGUGCAGCUGAAUCGCAUAGUUUCCAACGAAUGAAAACAACCAACUAUGGCCGUUGCAUUAUUUGUGAUGCAUAUGUCUAUUUCUGGGGGUUUGAAUGUACACAGUGCCAAUUGAUAUGCCAUAAGAAAUGUUUAAAAAAGAUGGCCAUUAUGUGCCCUCAGGCACCACUACCUCCUCGUUCAUCUAUAUUGAAUAUGGAACUUGAUUCGCUUUCAUCAGAUGAAAUGGUUCCGUUAUUAGUGCAAAAAUGUACAAUGGAAAUCGAACGUCGUGCUAUAACAAGGCCAGGCAUAUAUCGAAUGACUGGAGUAGCGUCACGUGUGGAAAAAUUGCUUAAAAGUUUUGAAAGUGGUCCUCAUCUUAUUGAUCUCACUGAUGUAUCCGCUAAUGAUCUUACUUCUGUUCUUAAAGUUUUUCUUCGUGAGCUCAAAAUACCAUUGAUCUCCAAUAUUGUCUACAAAGAUUUCAUUGAUCUAGGACGAAUAUAUCGAUUGGAUAGUGAUAUUAGUCAGGAUGGACUCACAAUUGGCGGCACAUCACAAUUGAUACAGAAAAUUCAUAUUGCCUUGAACCAAUUGACUCCACAUCAUCGUGCCACAUUAAAACACAUGAUACAACAUUUAACCCAUGUUGUUGAACAUCAGGAACAGAACAAUAUGUCUCCGGCUGCUUUAGGAAUCAUCUUUGCACCAACAUUUUUCCGGCCACGCGAUACAAUCAAUGAUCUUCAAACUGAAGUAUUCGAAGCGGCACCACAAGCACGAAUUAUUGAAUUAAUGAUUCGAUUUUAUAUACAAAUUUUCGAAAUGGAAACCGAUUUAAUUGAUGAACCUGUCACCAAUCUAUCAUCCUUAUCAUUACAUCAACAAAAAGAAUCUGUAACAUGUACGAUUAAAGAACCAAUUGCGACAUUAUCAACAUCUUUAUCUUUAUCAUCUUCGACAAUGACCCACCAGAAUAGAAACUUCGAACAACAAUUGGAUAACUCUUCUUUGACAUCAGCAACGAAACCAAUUUCAACAUCACAACCAUUAUCGACAUCAACAAUUGUCAAUCAAACAUCAUUUGUACUGUCACCACCAUUAACAUCAAUUAAUCCAUCAAUAUCGAUAAAAAAGGAUUCUUCCUUCAAACAACAAGCCCUGGAAAACAAUAAUGAAUCCACAUCGAAUCAUCAUUCUCAAUUUCAACGAAACAAUCAGAUUAUUGAUAGAUUAUCAUCCCCAUCAAUAUCAACAUCAUCAUCGGCAACAACCAAUACAUCAUCAUCUGAAUCACAUACACCACAAACACGAACAAGACAGUGUUACAAUUGUUCACGAACAACAACAUUUACAUUUGAUUAGAAUUCUUGAAAUACUGUAGAC